AACAAUAAUAACUACAACAAUAAAACAAGGGCAACAAAAGGGAAUACAUAAAUAAAAUAAAUAUUAAAAAAAAUAAUAAAAUAAAGAUUGAACUUAGAACCUCAUACAAACAAAUUCUGUGCUCUACCACCAAGCCAUCUCCCCGGCCCAACUUACCAAGUUGUAUGGGCACUUUAUAAGCAUUAUCUCAAAUGUUCCUCACUGUCUCACUUUAUAAAGAAGACAUCUCCUGUGCUCCUCUUAACUCUCAUGUCAACUGAACCCAUGGCAACUAGUAGCCACACAGACAGAGGACACCACUGGAAAUACAUUGCAAGGUCAAAGACAAUUCUCUGACAGUCGUGUGUGUCCCAAUCCCCUGCUCUUUUCCCACUACACAUGCACAUGCACACGCACCUGGGAUCCUGCCAUUUCUCUCUCUAAGUCACCUGUCUAUCUAGCUUGCAGGAUUUGAGUUGAGCAAAACAGAGACUUCCAUCAGUAGAGGAAUGAAGAAGACAAAUGAGAAAAGAAUUAAUUCCACACCAUAUAUCUCUCCUCAGAGACUAGAAAAUGUGUUUCAUAAAUAUGACAUGAAAGCUGAAAUCUACAGUUUUGGAAUCAUCCUCUGGGAAAUCACUACUGGAAAGAUCCCAUUUGAAGGUUGUGAUUCUAAGAAGAUCUACCAACUAGUGGCUGUGGACCGGCAUGUAGAACCCCUAGGUGAAGAUUGUCCUUUAAAGUUGCAGGAAAUCAUUGAUGAAUGUCGCUCAUAUGAGCCCUCCCAGCGGCCCUCUGUUCAUGGUAGGGUUCUUUCAGUGUAAAGAGCAUGAACUAAAAAUGUCUUUUAAGAUUUGUGAAAGAUUUCCUUUGUGCUUCACAUUUGGGUGAUUUUGCUCAAGAUACUCAACAAUGCCUAAAAACAUUUUUGGUUGUCACCA